CCCUCCCUUAGCAGACAAAUCAAGCAGUACUGGUGUUGUCACGGAAGUUUGGGCCAGAAACGAACCGCCGUAAGUGAUGGGCUUCUAGGAUGCAUGGCCCAUGGGCCUUUCCUGAUUCCUCCUCUUACAUCUUACUAUAGUCUUACCCCAUUUGUCUCCGUCCACCACACGACGAGUUCCAAUUUUGUUAACCCCUCCCAAAACCCACCCGUGAGGCCGUCUCUUGUCCUUUCUAUACUCUUCUCAUCUUCUUGCCCCGGAAGAAAAAAGCUAUUCUGCUCCAGCACAAACGGGGGCGCCGCGUUUGCAAACCUAUCACACCCAUCCAACGAUGCCCUGCCCUAGAUACUCUAGACUAGAUAGCUUCACCUCUGUUUCAACCGCGCAGCCGCCUCCCGCCCUCCAAAGCCAAGCGCGCCCCGAUGCCACCGUCGCCACCAGCCGCGUAACCAACAGCGAGAUCACCCGACGACGACCGCCCUGGGACACAGGAGCAUCGGCGCAGCAGCCAGCCGCCGCUCCACGGCUACAUACCACGACGCGCGAUGUCGUCCUCGAGCGGGAGUUACGAGAAGUACAUCACCGCGGCGGCGUCCGUGGCGGCGACGGCCAUGGUGGUGCGCAGCGUCGUGAGCGAGCUGGUCCCCUACGAGGUCCGCGACCUGCUGUACGCCGCCGGGCGCUACCUCCGGUCCCGCGUCUCCUCGCGCCACACGGUGGUGAUCGACGAGGCCGAGGGCCUCUCCGCCAACCAGAUCUACGACGCCGCGCGCACCUACCUCGCCGCCCGGAUCAGCACCGACAUGCCGCGCCUCCGCGUCAGCCGCGUCGACGAGGCGCAGGGGAUCAUGGUCGGCAUGGAGCAAGGCGAGGAGAUGGUCGACGUCCAUGACGGCGUCGAGUACACCUGGAACCUCGUCUCCCGGGACAACACCCCCAGCGCCACCGCCGCCUCCAGGGCCGCGGGCACCGCUGGCACCGGCGCCAAAACCAGGGGCCGUCUCGAGAUCAAGUCGUUCGAGGUCAGCUUCCACAAGAAGCACAAGGACAAGGCACUCAAAUCGUACCUCCCGCACAUCGUCGCCACGGCCAAGGCCAUGAAGGACCAGCACCGGAGCCUCAAGAUGCACAUGAUCGAGUACGACGCCUGGACAGCCGUCGACCUCCGCCACCCGUCUACCUUCGACACGCUCGCCAUGGACAAGAAGCUGAAACGGUCUGUCAUGGAUGACCUUGAGAGGUUCGUCAAGAGGAAAGACUACUACAGGAGGAUCGGCAGGGCAUGGAAGCGAGGUUACCUGCUCUACGGGCCACCUGGGACCGGCAAGUCAAGCCUGAUCGCCGCAAUGGCGAAUUACCUCAAGUUUGACAUAUAUGAUCUUGAGCUGACCGAGGUCAAAUGCAACUCGGACCUCCGGAGGCUUCUUGUCGGGAUGAGCAACCGAUCCAUCCUUGUGGUUGAAGACAUUGACUGUAGCAUUGAGCUGCAGCAGCGGGAAGACGGUGAGAAGCGUGCCAGGUCCAGUUCUGCAGGAGAAGAAAACGAUGACAAGGUGACGCUAUCUGGGCUGCUCAACUUCGUUGACGGUCUCUGGUCGACAAGCGGGGAGGAGAGGAUCAUCGUUUUCACCACUAAUUACAGGGAGCGGCUUGACCCAGCAUUACUGCGGCCUGGCAGGAUGGACAUGCACAUCCACAUGGGGUACUGCACUGCAGAGUCGUUCCGGAUUCUGGCAAGGAACUACCACUCGGUUGAAAAUCAUGCCAUGUACCCAGAAAUUGAACAGCUGAUAGAGGAGGUAAUGGUCUCACCUGCAGAGGUUGCUGAGCUUCUAAUGAGGAACGAGAACAGUGAUGUUGUGCUCCAGGAUCUCCUUGAGUUCCUCAAAGCAAAGAGGAAAGAAAUUAGUGAGAGCAAGGCUGCAAAUGAGAAUGGAAAUGAAUAGAUGAAGAAAUGUGGCAGAGAGACCAAUGUCUCACGAAAUACAGAGCAAAAGAGGGAUUAAAGAAAGUCAGAAACCGCACAGUGAUGGUUUGAAAUUUUGUGUGCAAUGUAAAUGAGGUAGUAUUAGCCAAGAGUAUUAUUGUUGACUACUGAAAGUUAUGGAGUGCCUUUUUUGUAGUAAUACGGUGCAACUGUACCACCAUUCUUAACAGUUAAUUUAUGAUUCUUGACAUUGUAAUGGAAAUUUAUCUCAGUUCAGAGAAGAGAAAAAUAAAUAACAGAGUCUGCAAUGUUAUUUUACGAUUUCUUGACAUUGUUUCUUGUUAUUCAAGCAUGUGUAUCAACUCUAAUAUACUGUUCCCAAUGGGAUUGUUAAGCUAAGAUUUGGAAGGAUAUU